CGUGCGACAACUAUUGAGGCAAUAAAGAAUAAGCAGUGUCUGACUAUAGAUGAAUUUUCGUCUCUUUCAUUAAUUCUUAAUUGACGCGACGAAUUAGAUUAAAGUGCAGGAAUACAAAUAUUUUGUGGAUUAGUGACAAAAUGGCAGAAGAAACAUCUACGAGAUCCAACAGUGAAGAUUCUAGCGACAGCAUCAGCCAGAAAGAAAGUACUAUAGACUUACGAAAAGGAGAAGCAUUCAACUACGAUGACAUUUUAGAACAUGUUGGACAACUCGGCAAGUAUCAGCUUCGCACAUUUUUGUUGCUCUGCUUGCCAGCCUUUUUCCCUGGCAUUGUCGUCAUGUCUUACACGUUCACCGGCGCUGUACCCAAUUACAGAUGUUACAUAGAGAAUUGUGACGCUGACUACAGCGCUUCUGAGACUAAUCAAUUCUCCCCAAUUUGGCUAAAUAAUACGAUCCCGUGGAACGACGAUAAUACCCCCGAUCAGUGCCAACGCUACAAUUACACCUGGACAAAUGUCGAAGAAUGUCAAGCCCCUGGCGCUCAAAUGGAUUCGGAAAUUACUUGUGACCGUUGGGUUUACGACACAUCACAAUUCCAAUCCACCAUAGUUAGCGACUUUGAUUUGACCUGUGAAGAUGAGUGGAAAACAACUUUUGCCAGCACAGUCUACAUGUUUGGAAUGCUAAUCGGUGCCGCUAUACUUGGGAACAUUGCCGAUGCGGUUGGCCGCAGAUUGGCCUUUACUCUCAACGUAUUUUUCUUGGCUGCUGUCACUACUGGGCUGGCCUUUUCACCGAAUUUUGUCACUUUCUGCGUCCUAAGAUUUUUCUGUGGCGUCUGCGCCGUCGGACACUUUCUGAUACUUUUCGUGUGGGGAGUGGAGGCCGUCGGCAAGAAAUAUCGCGUCAUAUGCGGUUUCGUUUACCAGUUGGUUUUCACCGUGGGCACUUCCCUUCUUGGUUUAUUGGCCUAUUACGUUCGCGAUUGGCAAACACUUCAACUCAUCAUCAGUGCACCAAUGUUCGCCCUCGUCGCCCUUUAUUGGAUUGUUCCGGAAUCGAUCCGAUGGCUGAUAAUCAAGAAGCGUUUCUCCGAAGCCCGUCUACUCAUUCUCAAGUGCGCUCAAAUGAAUAAGAAAAGCGUGCCAAAUCACUUGAUCACCAUUCCAGAUGACAAAAAAGAAGAUGGCAAAGAAAUUGACACAGUCCAUACGAAAGACAAUAUUUCCCAAGCAGAUGCAAACGGUGAAAAUAAGGAAGAACUCGCUAAAAGUUCCGCUAAAGGAGAGAGUAUUAUUGACGUUUUCCGAUCGCCAAUUUUAUUGAAAAGAUUAAUCAUCAUGUUUUUGGCUUGGAUCGCAGCCGUGAUGGGAUAUUAUGGGAUAACGUUUUCGGCCACUAAUCUAUCGGACGAUUUUUAUCUGAAUUACGAACUAUCAAUGGUGGUGGAGAUCCCGGCUUACAUUGGUGGUAUGUUCGUAAUGGACAAACUCGGAAGGAGACCAACCCUUAGCGGAGGUUUGAUUAUUAGUGGCAUAGCUUGUCUGAUAACAGGACUGGUUCCAGAGGAUCCUCCGGCUAUUCGAAUCACAUUUUCAAUGUUUGGAAAACUCUUCAUAUCGUGUGUCUUGGCAACGGUCUAUUCUUACACUUCGGAUCUUUUUCCAACACCGGCUAGAAGUGCUGCUGUUGGACUUUGCUCGACCAGCGGUCGCGUCGGAGGAAUAUUAGCGCCCAUAAUUGCAUCUGCUGGAAGAAAAGUUGAUCCGGCGUUACCUUUCAUCAUUUUUGCUGGUGUUAACAUAAGUGUUGGAGUUCUUUGUCUUCUCUUGCCCGAAACGAACAAGAUAACCUUACCGGCAACUGUUCAAGAAGCAGUGGACAUGGAAAAGUACACCUUUUCAUGUUUGCAGUGUAAUAUGAAUAAGAGGGAAGAGUCGCCGGAUGAUUUCGCUGAUUCAUUACCAUGAACUGAGAGAUGUUACCCUAUAAGAAGUGUAAAUUAAAUUAGGACUAUUUCA